AUGUUAACCUUAGAAUUCACAAUACUCUACUUCAACUGUCCUGACAAAAUGAAACGUAUCGAAAGAAUGUUUAAACGGGCAGACUACAAGGACGUAUCGCUUGCGCUCACGUUCACACGUCCGACCGGCAGCCGUUCGCGGCUUAGGGUUAGGUUCGGGAGAGGGUGGACCGGAAGGGGUGCCGAGAUACAGGGUGUAGACUACCUCUACGGAGGCAAAAAGGGUAUUAUUGUUUUUAUUACCAUCUCCAGCAGCCUUUAUGUAAUACACAGCUGCCAUCUCGAAGGUCCGGAGGAUACAAUCCACCUAGGUAAUCCUACGGAAAUCAAAUACGACUGGUCCGACUGUCCUGCGUGCUACGUAAGAUGGCAGGAGGAAGCGGAAGAAAUGGACGAAAUACGUAGGGAGGUGACGGAAAUAUCGAAUGAGGUACUGGACUGGGAGGAGGAAAUGCUGGACGAUAUGCAAAUAGAGGCUGAAAUGGAAGAAGCCCUAUGGGGUCAGUUUGACUGGGAGGAAGAGAACCUAAACGAUAUGCAGAUGGAUGCUGAAAUGGGAGAAGCCCUUCAGGGUCAAGUUGACCUGGAUUGUCAGGUAGUGGUCUGGCGUAGGUGCGGACCUUCUUCCUAA